UGGAGCUAAUCUGGGAUCCCCUCUUCAACUCUUGCUACUACCGGAGGAUCCAGGUGUCUCUGCACAGCUUCUGUCACCCUGUGAGCUGCAGGUACUCGGAGAUCUGUGGGGAGGACACCCAGACAUCCCUGAAGCUGGGAAAUGGGACUGUUGACAUUCGAGGACGUGUCUAUAGAAUUCUCCAUGGAUGAGUGGGCCUGCCUGGAGCCUGCUCAGCAGACUUUGUAUCGAGAUGUCAUGUUCCAGAACUACAGAAACCUGGUCUUCCUGGGUCUUGCUGUCUCUAAGCCAGACCUCAUCACCUGUCUGGAGCAAAGCAAAGAACCCUGGAGGGUGAAGACACACCAGACAGUAGUCAAGCCCCCAGGUAUAUCUAACCAUCCUGACCAAGACCACUUGCAAGAUUUGGACACAAAUAUUUUAUUCCCAGAGAUAAUCCUGAAAAGAUAUCAAAGCUGUGCCCCUGACAAUUUAAACAUAACAAAAGACUGCACAAGUGUGUCUGAGUGUAAGCAGCAGAAAGUAUGUGACAGUGGACUUGACUACGGUUUAACAGCUACCCAUUCCAAAAUCUUCCAAUGUAGUAAAUGUUUGAAAGCCUUCACACAAUUGUCAAAUCUAAGUAGACAUAAGAUGAUACAUAGAAUAGGGAAAACGUUUCACUGUAUAAAGUAUGGGAAAGCCUCUAACCCAUGCUCACAUGUUACUAAAUGUAAGAUAAUUUAUAAAGGAGAAAAACAGUAUAAAUGUAGCAAAGUCUUCAAAUCUGACUCAAGCCUGUCUAAGCAUAAGAGACUUCAUACUGGAGAGAAACUCUACAAGUGUGAAAAUAAUGGCAAAUGUCCUGGCCACAGAUCAAAAUAUUGUAAACAUGAAGAUAUUGAUAGUGGAGGAAAACCCUACAAAUAUCAAGACUGUGACAGACUUACCAAGCAGUACUCACACCCUGCUGGACAUAAAAUAACUCAUUCCGGAGAGCAAUCUUGCAAAUGUCAAGAGUGUGGAAAAGGAUUUAACAGUUCUUUAACCCUUUCUGUACAUAAAAGAAUUCAUUCUGGAGAGAAGCCCUACAAAUGUCAAAAAUGUCAGAAAACCUUUAAGUGGUACUCACACCUUUCUGUACAUCAAAUAAUUCAUUUUGGAGAGAAACCCUACAAAUGUCAACAAUGUGGCAAAGCCUUUAAUCUUAGAUCAACCCUCACUAAACAUCAAAGAAUUCAUUCUGGAGAGAAACACUACAAAUGUCAACAAUGUGGCAAACUGUUUAACCGGUACUCACACCUUUCUAGACAUCAGAGAAUUCAUUCUGGAGCAAAGCCCUACAAAUGUCAACAAUGUGGCAAAGCUUUUAACCAGUACUCAAACCUUUCUAGACAUCAAAGAAUUCAUUCUAGGGAGAAACACCACAAAUGUCAACAAUGUGGCAAAGCCUUUCACUAUUACUCAGGCCUUUCUGUACAUAAAAGAAUUCAUUAUGGAGAGAAGCUCUACAAAUGUCAACAAUGUGAUAAAACCUUUAACCUUAGUUCAAGCCUAACUAAACAUAAAAGAAUUCAUUCUGCAGAGAAGCCCUACAAAUGUCAACAAUGUGGCAAAGCCUUUAAUGUUAGUUCAACCCUUACUAAACAUCAAAGAAUUCAUUCUGGAGAGAAACCCUACAAAUGUCAACAAUGUGGCAAAGCCUUUAACCAGUACUCAAACCUUUCUAGACAUCAAAGAAUUCAUUCUGGAGAGAAACCCUACAAAUGUCAACAAUGUGGCAAAGCCUUUAACCGAUACUCACACCUUUGUGAACACAGAAGAAUUCAUUCUGGAGAGAAACCCUAUAAAUGUCAACAAUGUGGCAAAGCCUUUACUGUUAGUUCAUCCCUUAGUAAUCAUCAAAGAAUUCAUUCUGGAGAGAAGCCCUACAAAUGUCAACAAUGUGGCAAAGCCUUUUGUCUUAGUUCCAGCCUCACUAAACAUCAAAGAAUUCAAUGUGGCAAAGCCUUUACUGUUAGUUCAUCCCUUACUAAUCAUCAAAGAAUUAAUUCUGGAGAGAAACCCUACAAAUGUCAAGAGUGUGGCAAAGCCUUUCACUGGUACUCAGGCCUUUCUGCACAUAAAAGAAUUCAUUCUGGAGAGAAACCCUACAAGUGUCAACAAUGUGGCAGACCCUUUAACCAGUACUCACACCUUUCUAGACAUCAAAGAAUUCAUUCUGGAGAGAAGCCCUACAUAUGUCAACAAUGUGGCAAAGCCUUUAACCAGUACUCACACCUUUCUAGACAUCAAAGAAUUCAUUCUGGAGAGAAACCCUACACAUGUCCACAAUGUGGCAAAGCCUUUAACCAACAAUCACACCUUUCUGAACAUCAAAGAAUUCAUUCUAGAGAGAAACCCUACAAAUGUCAACAAUGUGGCAAAGCCUUUCACCACUACUCGCACCUUUCUAGACAUCAAACAAUUCAUUCUGGAGAGUAACCCUAAAAAUGUCAACAAUGUGGCAAAGCCUUUAGUCUUAGUUCAAACCUUACUAAUCAUCAAAGAAUUAAUUCUGGAGCAAAACCCUACAAUUGUCAACAAUGUGGCAAAGUAUUUAACCAGUACUCAUGCCUUUCUAGACAUCAAAUAAUUCAUUCUGGAGAGAAACCCUAGAAAUGUUACGAAUGUGGCAAUGACCCUCACUAGUACUUCUGCCUUUGUGAACAUCAAAGAUUUCAUUCUUCAGAGAAACCCUACAUAUGUCAACAAUGUGGCAAAUUCUUUCACUAGUACUGAAACCUUUCUGUACAUGAAGUAAUUCAUUCUUGAGCCCAACUCUACAAAAUGCAAAGAGUGUGGCAAAGCCUUUAACCAAUACUCAGGCCUUUCAGUACAUAAAAGAAUUUAUUCUGGAGAGAAACCUUCUAAAUACAAUUAGUGAUUUCAAACCCUUUAUCUCAGGUUCAAACCUUCCCAUGCAAAAAAUAAAUCAUACUGGAGAUAUAUCCUUGAAAUAUGAAGAAUGUUGUAGUACCUUUAACUGGUGUUGAGAACUUGUGAAGCAUAAGAGAAUUCACACUCGUGAGAAAUCCCACAACUGGAAUAGGGUGGCAAUUCCUGUAACUAGAACUCAAACCUUACUACACAUAACAAAAUUCACAUUGGAGAGAAAUCUCACAGAUGUGAAUAAUGUGGUGAAGGUUUUUACUGGUCUUCAGCCCUUAGUAAACAUAAGAGAAAUCAUCCCAGAGAAAUAAUGUCACAAUAUGAAGAUGUGGCAAAGCCUAAUGCCAGUAGGCACAGUUUUCUGUACAUAAUAGAAUUCAUGUUGAAGAGAAACUCUACAAAUGUGAAGGAUGUGACAAAUGUUUAACUUGUGCUCAAACCAUUGUAUAAAUGAAAAUUUUAUAACACAAAAAUUAAUCCCUGACAAAUGUGAAGAAAGUUUUGAAUCCUAUAACCAGGAUUGAGUACAUUUCACACAUUUCAGUGCAUAACAGAAUAGAUAGAGAAAUUGUAUGUAUGUGAAAAAUGUGACAAUGUCUUUAAAUAUUUCUCAUGCUUUUCUAAUCACAAUUCAUAUGAACGAAAUACUCUACAAAUGUCAAUCAUGUCUCAAAGCCUUAAAUUUGUGUUUGUCCUGUUAGGUAGGGCUGAGGAGAGACAGAGUCAGAUGAUACUAGGAGAUCCUUUGUCCAUUAUAAGAGGAACAAAAUGAGCAGAGGGGUCUUUCACAAAAGACAAGCUGGCAUUUUAAGAAGGCUUCUGAUAAGGGAACUGAUGUUUGCUCUACAAAAAUGAGUCUUAGAGGUAGAGAGGCCACAAUGUCGAGAUACGGCCAAGGCCACAAAAAGGGAUGUUUGGAGUAUGAGUUCAAGUAAUGUGACUGUAAACUCAAGUGACAUAUUUUCAUUCACACACUACAAUUUACACCAGUGCUAUCGCACUACACAAAUACAAUGAUAAAUUCUGGAAAUUGCCUUACAGGGAUAGAAAAUGGAAAGACUCUCCUUUCUGGAAGUUUCUCCCCUUUCUAGAAAAAAUUAUAUUUACCCCCACACCACUUAACAUAGAAUUGGAAAAUCUAUGUAAAGGCAAAGCAUCUUACUAAACCCACAGUCUUCUCCACUUGAAAGAUGUGUUCGUUCUCUGGAGUGUACUGUUCUGUAAUAAACUUGGAUUUUUAGCAUACAUGUAUCUACUUAUCCUACUCAUUUGUUCCACUGUCUUGAUACCAGUAAUCAUACUUUGGCACCUGGAACAAAAAAAACAGGGAACAUAUACCUGACAUCUGGUCCCCAUAUGUGACAUUUUGGUGCCAAAAAUCUGGGAGGAAAAUAUACGUCUUCAGCAAGAUACGUUAAUAGAACAGUAAACAUUGUUUAUUCACUCUGCCUGCUCACAUUAGUUAUUACACCUACGAGUCUCACACUGUCUUUGCUUUCCAGGUAAUAUAGCUCCUUACCUACCCCAUCUUCAUCUCCACAAUGCACUUCAUCCCCCAGUUAGGUCUGAUAUUUAAAAGCUUAAAAAGGUGCCUCAGGCUCCACAAUCAGAAUGUUAAACCAUAUUUUUAAGGUCUUGAUAACCAGAGUGGGGACGAAGAGUCAGUGAGAGAAAGCCAGGCCAGCAGAGGUCCCAAGAGCAGAUGGAAGUUUUGAAAUGGUUGCCACCAUUAGGGAAGGCUGUCAGGGAAAGAGUUCCUCUAGAUGCUCAGGGAAGAAGACCCAGGUAUGAGCCCUUCCCUCACUAUGACUAUGCAUUCCUGGAGCAAGAAAUGGCUUAGGAAGGGGACUCUGCUGGGACCAUGCCCUGACUACUAGAGACAUGGAAUAGUAGUGACAUUGCCCUCUCCUGGAGAUGGAGAAUCACACUUGCCUUCCAGACCCGUGAAAUCCCUGAACCAGCCUUUACCAUCUGGAACUCUUUCAAUCUGAUGGACAAAUGACAGCUUCAGUACGAGGUCUACUUUCUGAUCAGCUGGGGUGGCUGAUUGUUGGGUAGAUGUUUCUGUCCCAUUAAACGAACUGAUGUUAAUAACAUUAUAGCCACUCCUCAGCUUUCCCUAGAUAUUCAGGGCCUCUAUUUUUCCCUCUCCUAUAUCUGUCCUAAGAACAGAAGGUAAGGCGUGGCACCUGUGGCUCAAGCGGCUAAGGCACCAGCAACAUACACCUGAGCUGGCGGGUUCAAAUCCAGACAGACCCACCAAACAACAAUGACGGCUGCAACCAAAAAAUAGCCGGGCGUUAUGGUGGGCGCUGGUAGUCCCAGCUACUUGGGAGGUGGAGGCAAGAGAAUCGCUUAAAUCCAAGAGUUUGAGGUUGCUGCGAACUGUGAUACCAUGGCACUCUACCCAGGGUGACACUUGAGACUGUCUCAAAAAAAAAAAAAAAAAAACAAAACAGAAGGUAAAAGAAAAUCCCAUUGUGUGCUCUAAAGUCCUGCUCACUGGCUGAUGAUGUUUCUGUUUAUCCCCUUUAGUGCUUUCCAACUGUCCUACCCCAUUGUUUGGAUGAAGUCUUAACUUUAGGUUUGAGACCUAAGUUCUUUAAAUCAACAGGCCUCCUUUUCCAGGCCUUUACAAAGAAAUGACUUAACUGGGAUAAAAUUUUCUUUCAAAAGAGGAAAAUUAAAGCAAGAAGGAAAUAGUAUAUAGUAAAGAGAUGUGAAGAAAAACUGAGUAUGAAGAAACAUGGGUGAUGAAGAACAUUAAGAGGAGAGAGAAUAAUUUUGUGUAGGACAAAACCUAGUAUAACAAUAUGUUGUAAAGUAAGUCAUGGUUUAAGAAGGAAAAUUUGGGACAAACAUAGGGCUUCAGUAUGUCAAAAGUAGUCCAUGAAAGGCAUAAUAUUUGCAAAGGUGAAUUUAUAAAAAUUUUGCAUGUGUGCAAGUUGGCCUGACUGAAAAGGGAAUCUCUAAGUAAAACAACGAAGUCUUCUUUUUGUUAACAGACUUUGUUUAAAGCCUCUUCAGACUAUUUGUGUAUUUUUUGAAACUGAUAAAUUACAUCGAGUAUUCCAUAUCAA